CUGAACAGGACACGCCCACUCGCCCCCCUCCUGUGACGCAUCGUUUGGGGAACUCCGCCAGAGUGACGUCACGCGUCCUGACAGCAGAGGCGGGGCUGAUGCGGAGGAGCUGCUUCCAGCGUGCGGGUGAAAAUGAAACAUGGAAGAGGACGUCGCUGAAAGUUGGGACGGAGCUGUGGAAAGUCGGGAAAUGGAAAAGCGGCUGGAAGAGAAGUUUCGGGUCAGCCACAGCGACAAGGAGUCAAGUAAUUCUUCACAGACCCUCCUAAAGACAACCAUGGUAAUACAGGACAGCUCUAUCCCAGCAGCACCCCCACCUCAGAUACGCAUUUUGAAACGGCCCGCGAGUAACGGGUCCUUGGCUUCGUCCAUGAAUCAAAACAGACCGGCGCCACAGGUGAAGUCUCUGGCCCAGAGAGAAGCAGAAUAUGCAGAGGCCCGGAAGAGAAUACUGGGCAGUGCCUCUGCAGAGGAUGAAGCUCAGGACAAGCCCAACAAUGACCGGCCCGGACGCAAUAAUUCUACGAUGCCUUCAGAGGACUCCAGAUCAAACAAUCACACUAUCCGGCAGCCCGCCGCCCCAGACGGAACCCAGGGGUUCCGACAGCACAGAUAAGCGGGCCUCAGGGCGACCAGGCCAUCGAGGGGAGAGAGGUCAAGGGUCAUCAGAGUUCAACAGGACCGCCUUCUUUAAACUGGCUUCCUUCAGGUCCCAGAAUCAGACGGUCCCGCUGCUGCAGCGUCUCCUUUCAGGAACUCCAGAUGGAAACUCCUCUCUCCCACUCCGCUUUACUUUGGCACUGUGAUUAUGGACGUCUUCUGGACUCACUGUGAUAAUCCCCUUUAAGAGACACCCCCACCUCGGUCUGUCCGCGGCGGGCAGAAUCAAAGAAACACUUGAACAGAGAUGAGGUGAAUCGAGGUGCCAUAUCCAAACUAGAUGAGCUGGAUCUUCAGCAGCAUCUUCUUCCCAGCAAUAAUUCAAGUCUUCACCUUUUCUGUUUUUUAAGGGUUUUUUUCCUGCUCAUUUUUACUCUCACCAGGGAUGCACUGAUAUCUAAAGAUGACAGAUUGAAGUUCUUUUAGGCCACUGAGAAGUGUUUUUAUUACCCUAGUUUUCUUUCAAACAUCUGCAGUUCUUCUCAAAGUUUUUGCACUUUUCUUUGGCGGUGAAAACAUGAAAUUAUUUUGAUCCUAAAAUGUAAACUCCUUCAUCAUGAGGCAGCAGUUUUGCCAAGAACCCGGCUGAGCUUUACGUAUCUGUGUUCUCCUCUUGUAGUUUUUAAACCUCCGUCGGUGCCGUGUCGUUCAGGUUGAUGACUUUUUUCAUGGUUUUUCUACGGUCUCGCUGGGGCGCUCACUUUCAAGGAAAAAAUAGAGAAUGGACAAAGCUUUUAUGGUAGUUUUCUUUCUUUUUUUGUAUGUAAAGAGAAGUUUGGAGCAGUAUUUUAAUUUAAAUGAACCCAAAGCCCUUUUAAAUCCAUGUCAUUGUUUGAAGGUGCUGUCGGCAGCAACUUAAAGGGAGACGGAGGAUGAACUUACUGCUGUACUUCACUCACCUCUGUCUCCACCUCUUCAGGUCCUCUGAAGUACAACACGUUGGAACUCAGGUCCAUGUAGGGAAACCAACCAUCCAGGAUUGUAUUUGUACGGCGGGUUUGCUCGCUCAGGCGGUAUGAAGCUCAGCACAGAAAAAGUGCCCGCUAAAGUUGAACUGAAUGCUAGUUUGUUUGUUUUUCGUCACUGUAUCGUCGCUCCGUGAGGACUCUCCAGAAACAUGGAGCAGCAGGAGGUGAAACCCACAGAACCGGACUGUCCAGUGAACGGUUCGGAGAUCACAAAGCCAUAUUUAGUGGUGGAACGUCAUCUUUUUGAGAUGGUGGAAUUCAGCUUGUGCCUCCUGUAUUACAUCUUUACUUCCUGGUUGUUAAGUUUAUUGCUUUAGUUCAAAAACCUGCAAUAGGAUGAGGAAUGGAUGAGCUUUGAGCCGUGAGAGCAGACGGCCUCAAACUGCCUGUAAAUACGAUUUAAUAAACAGAUUUACUACACA